AUGGAGGUGGUGAGAAUCUGCUUUCAGAUCGCGCUCGUUACCGUGCCCCACAUUGGCUACUGUGUGCAGCGUGCAGAAAUUCACCGCACGCAGUCGUUUGCAGGCUACUCCCCCGUCGUGUCUCUCAUCCUGCUGACAAGCAACACACUGCGCAUCUACUAUUAUAUUGGCCACCGCUUUCUUUUAGCCCUCCUCUUUCAGGCUAUUGUCGGCGUUGCUGUGCACGGGGCACUUCUGUGCAAGAUACUGGAGGUGCAAGUGCAGCAUGUGCUGGACGCCCGGUCCGAGGACACAUACGACGAGGACUCCGGCGCCAUCAUCGAGACUGCGGAAGCAGAGCCUCCAACAGUGGCACCGCCGUCUUCUGCGGCCGGCACUGGCGGGAUGGCGGAAAAGCAAAACCAGACAUGCAGCGACAGAGACGACACGACCCCCUCACUAAACACUGCCACAACGCCUGCUGCGGAGUGGCCGGCCUCGUCGAGCGCGACGCACAACGAGUACGAGGGCUCGGGCGACGCGCCGCCAUCGCUUGCCCCAUCGGCUGGCAUCAGGUGUGGGGGUUCCAAGUUUAUGCGGGUCCUCUUCGGCAUUGAGGACUGUAUCGAAGCUCGCUUGCUUCGGAACACGCCGCCUCAGUUUGUCUACAACUACGUCAUCGCUUCUACCGCAGCGCUGGUGACGGCGCUGCUCUACUACGCUUCCAUUCGCCGCGUCUGGGAGAACGCGGCUGAGGUGGUGGGGUAUACGGCGCUCGGGAUCGAGGCCCUAUUAGUGCUCCCGCAGAUUCUUCGCAACGCUCGGCGGCGCAGCACCGAAGGGCUCACUAUGCUGCUCAUCCUCACCUGGGUGUGCGGUGAUAUUAUCAAGGUGAUUUACUUUAUCUAUGCAAAACAGGCGCUGCCUUUUAUUGUGUGCGGCUGCUUCCAGGUUUUUCUGGACAUUGUGGUGGUGGCGCAGCUUGUGUACUACCGCCUGAUUGUGAAGCGAGAGAGCGAGGUGCUCAUCGAGGGCGACGACAGCGCUGAUGGGCAAUACGGCGACGGAACCGUGCCCGUGGUGGACUCGCUUGAGUAG